AUGCAAGCUGUCUUUGCCUCCCUUCUCGCUCUUGCCACCGUGCAAUCGGCUCAAGCUGCCGUCACGAAGCGCGUAACAUGCUCAACCGGCCAGACCACCGCGAACGCUGCGUGCUGCGUGCUGUUCCCAAUCAUGGACGACCUUCAGACCAACCUGUUCGAGAAUGAAUGUGGCGAAGACGCUCAUGAGUCGUUGCGUCUCACCUUCCACGACGCAAUUGGAUUUUCUCCGACCCUAGGUAUGGUAAACACCACAUUAUCCGACUGGCCGCGUCAACUCAAUUUUUUUCAUAGUGGUGGAGGUGCUGAUGGCUCUAUCAGCGUUUUCGACGAAAUCGAAACGGCUUUCCCGGCCAACGCCGGCAUCGACGACAUCAUUGAUGCCCAGGCGCCGAUUCUUGCCAGACACAACACCACAAUCUCGCCUGGAGACUUUAUCCAAUUUGCAGGUGCUGUCGCAGUCAGCAACUGUCCUGGAGCCCCACGUCUGGAAUUCCUUUUCGGUCGCCCGCCUCCAAAGGCUGCAUCCCCCAUUGGUUUGGUCCCAGAGCCCUUUGACCCUCUCGACAAAGUGCUUCCGCGUAUGGCAGACGCCGGCUUCUCUCCGGCUGAGCUUGUUGCGUUGAUUGCUUCACACUCCAUCGCGGCCUCGGACCUCAUUGAACCCGAUCACCCUGGAACUCCUUUCGAUUCGACCCCUGGUAUCUUUGAUACCCAACUAUUCAUCGAGACCCAGCUGCGUGGCACGACAUUCACCGGAACUGGUGGCCAUAACGGUGAAGUGAUGGGCUCAGUCAAAGGCACUAUUCGUCUUGAAACUGACCACCAAAUGGCCCGCGACCCUCGCACCAACUGCGCAUGGCAGUCAUUGGCCAGCAGUCAAACUCGCAUGCAAACCAACUUCCGUGCAGCGAUGUCGAAAUUGGCGAUUCUGGGACAGGACCGGUCCUCGCUCAUUGACUGCUCUGAUGUCAUCCCCAUCCCGCCUCCUCUUGUUGGCCACCCCCAUCUCCCCGCCGGUGUCAGCCCAUCCGCCGUCGAGCAGGCCUGUGCUACCUCGCCAUUCCCAGUCUUCACUGCCGACCCUGGCCCAGCCACUAGCGUCGCUCCAGUUCCACCCCACGCUCUCGAGCACAAGGACGUGGCGCUCCGUCAACAUGACUUGAGGGAUCGCAACUCGAUGCGCCAACACGUCGAACUUCUACGUGGCUGCCAUUGCCUGCCAAUGCCUCACACUCCGUCGCUUCCGCGAACUCCUCUUUCCCUUUCUCACUACCGCCGAAAAGUUCAAGUUCCUUCUCGUGGGCCUAGAUGCGAGCGGGAAAACAUCAACGCUGUACCGUUUGAGGACAGGCAAGGUUGUUCAGUCCAUCCCUACUAUCGGGCCACCCUGUUGUGUUGGGAUGCUGGUGGUUGUGAUAAAAUUCGAGCGCUGCCGACCUUUUUGGGUCCAUUUGUGACGAACGCAGACGCUCUCCUCUGGUGUGUCGACAGCAACGACCGCGAACGCAUGGAGGAGAGUGUCGAGCAGUUGCAGAGUAAUUUUGAGUUGCUGGCUGAGCUGGAGCCUGCCCGUGGUGCGAAUAUUCCCGUUCUUAUAAUCGCCACCAAAAAAGAGCUCCCUAACGCUAUGCCACUUCCUGAGCUGGAGCAAAUAUUCGCGCAGGCCGUUGCCGGUCGAGCCACGCGCUUGGCGAGCACCACGACAACCGAGCCUUUCCGCAAAGGAGAAGCACUCUACGAGGCGUUUGAAUGGCUUAUUGGCGAGAUACGGUCUGUGCAAGCUGGACGGAGCCCAACGGAUUUGGAACCCGGCCACCCACCUGCUCUCGAAACUCUUCCCGACCCUCGUGCGCCAGAGCAUCUCGAUAAACUACUCAAUUCCUGGGUCGAGCGAGCGGAUGCCGGCGCUGACGAAUCCUCGAAACAAUUUCUGCAACAGUUUGCGGAUGUUAACCUCCCCGCGUGGGACCACUACAUGCACAUUCAAAUUGCUUAUGUUGUCCUGUCGGUCCAUGGACGGCAGAAAGGCAAAAACAUGAUCUUUGACGGGAUCGAGCACUAUAUAGCGCAAAGCUCCCGGACGAACGGCCGCACGUUCCACUUUACGAUGACAUACUUUUGGAUUCAAAUGGUGCAUUUCGGCUUGGAAAGAGUUCGCCUAUUUCGUCGCAAGAGUCAAGCUGCCGACUCAGACUCCAUUGUUACACUCACCGACGACGAUCCAAUCAAACUUUUCCCCUUCUUCCUCCUGACCAACCCAUUUCUGGCGGAUGGGCGGCUUUGGGCGGACUAUUACUCGACGGAUGUUUUGAUGAGUGCGGAAGCCAGGAAGUCAUUUGUGGUACCGGACAAGCAGCCUUUACCGGACGUUGUGCGCAUCGAAUAA